AUGAAGAGGGAUUUUAAUUUGAGAAAUAUUUAUAAAAAAUCAAAAAAUUAAAGUAAAAGAAAAAGAAAAUAGUGUUCUAAAAAGCUCAAUCAAGUUAGUUAAAUAAAUAUAAAAAAAGGUUCUUCAAAACAAAAUUAAAAUAAUUUCAACCAGAAGGAUUUAGGUUUAGAUAAGACUAAAAGAAGCUUUUCGAUUGAAAAAUAUAAUAAUAAUUAUUUAUAAAUUCAUAAUUAGAUUAGCAGGAAAUAAUAUUAAUAAUUACAACUCCAUUAUAAUCAAUUAUACCACAAAACAAAAUCACUAAUAAAUAACUAACAAACUAUUCAGAGAACUUAUAAUCUAACUAACUAACUUACUAACUAGAUCGAUAAUUGUAGUAUUGAGAAUAGACGCUCUGAAAAUAUAACAUAAACUACAUCAUAUUAUAAAUAAAGAACAAACCUAUUAUCAACAAAAUAUAUUCAUUCUUAAAUACAAUAUAACAAAUGGCUGGUGAUAUUAUUUAUUAACUACUUUCAGAAAACAAAAAAUACAGAAUCAGCAUAGAAGGAUAAAUAAUUCUUGUUAGUGAGCUAAAAAAACGUAUCAGCCAAGAGUUAGGUACUGCAUAAUACUCAAUAAUCAUAUUCAAAUAUAUAAAUAAAUAUAUAUUCAUUAUUCUCAAAUCACUACUGA